CCUAGCCCUAGAACAGAGCUUUAAGGGGCAGGGAAAUGCUGAAAGUGGUCGCCUUUCCUCUGCGGCUUGGGCGGCGAUGGGCAUUCCAGGUUCUUCCCUCUCCGAUCGUCCAAGAAUCUGGCGGCAUCCCUGCCGGAUCCAGCACCUGGGACACGGUGCGCGAGCUCGGCGAUCGCAUCAUCGCCACGCCCCGGCUCUCGGAUCGCAUUGACAUCUUUGUGCGCUUCGCGGAGGACCAGAUGCAACGGAAGUGGCAGGAUCUCGCGGCGGCGCGCCCUGGAACCAUCCGGAGCAAAAUCCACAGACAAGGAAUGAAGCUCCUGGCGAAGCUCGAGCCCUCGGAGCAAUUUUUCAAGGCGAUUCCUCCGGAUGCUACCAAGAUCAACAUCAUCCAUCCUUCGAGCUUGAAUUCACGUCUUGCGAGGCGCAGGCUGCGACAUCUAGCUAUAAGCGGGACUGCUUUUCACAGGAGACUGCUCUAUGGUUCGCUCGCGUUGCUUCCUUUCUCUUCGCUCUUCGCGAUUGUACCCUUCCCAAACGUUGUCAUACUCUGGAACUUCUUCCGAGUCCAUGCUCACUGGCGAGCUCUUCAAGGUAGCAGAAGGCUGCAAGCUCUGGUGACCGAGGAGGAGAAGGCAUCGCAGAACAAAACCAAUGCUUGGGAAUUUACACCCUCCGAGAAGCUCGAGAAGCUCGUGGAUCGUGCCAAUUCAUCGAGCGCCGAGGCCCUGAGCAACGAGAAGAUCGAAGCGAUUUGCAAGGAAUUUUGUCUGGAGACCACGGACGUGACGAAAUGGAGGGAUCACACAAGCAAAAUGCUCAAGCUCGCGUGGGUCUAGAAAGAAAAUUUUUGCGGACGUAGCAGCCAUGUCACUAGCGUUUGGCCACGCUGGAUUUUGAGGUGGCAGUUUCAAUACGGCCUGAAAUGAGAUCGCAAAGUUGGUUGGUUGCGUU